AUGGACGCUCACACUUUUGACGUUGCAUUGAAGUUCUGUGGAGGCCAAGGCUCCACCUUGAGCCCGCAGGAAAUCCUCACAAUUCGGGCUGGACUCGAUCAGCUCAAGUACGACGGUAAAUUCGAUAAGGUAUACUUCUGGGGUCGUAUCUCGGGCACUAAGGGCUACUACUACAUAGCUUACGGGCUCAGGUCAAGCUCGGAUGCUUUCCCCAAAAAGGAGUUUUACUUCAGCACUUCUACUACUGCGGAUUUCGUGGAAUUGCCUCAGCUGGUGGAGGCUGAAGAAGAUAUUGUCAAGUCGCUGGUGGACCUAAGCCUGCCGUUCAUCGGGGUCCCCUCCAUGCUCGUUGCCACCGAGAAACUCCCCAAGAGUGUUGAAGCUGGAGAGGAAGAGAAGGAGAACGCUCCCGAGCCCUUGAAGGUCACCGAUCUGCAACGUCUGGCUUUGGUGGUACCGCGUAUCGAUGCUGAGACGUCUGUGGUACCCGCUGGGGCCCACUGUCUUAGUGACUCAUACAAGGUGAAGGAGAGCGCUGCGUUCAGGGGUCUCAACUUUGCUGAUGCGACAUCGAUUUCUGCUUUCCGCCACUUCCGGCCGUCCUCGAAUGCUGCAGCUCUUCGCGCAUUGGUCGCGGACGAUGCUGUGUUUAUGACAUCUUCCAAUUUCCUGGAUACUCUCGAGGAAGACUUCCCCAAGGGGUCAGCAUGGGUGGUCAGGCCCAACGUUCAGGCCCAGCAGGGUGCGACUGUGUUGAGGAGUCUGGUAUGGCCUGGAUACACUGCAUUCCACGUCCCGGGGUCUACUCUAUAUGGAGGAGUCUAUCUUGGGGAUGGCCUCAGGAAUUCGGACCUUCCGUUCAUGCUCUAA